AUGAAGAUUGAUUUCAGAGUUACCAAUCCCAUUGCUACAUCUAUACCAUUAGAUUACAAGAUAUAUAAACAACAACAAGAACAACAAAAACAGAAUGAACAACAACAAACGAUAUCAGUACCAGUUACUACAACAUCAGAACCAAUUAAAAAGAGAACAAAUAGAUCAGAAGAACAAUUUAGACAAAUAUUUAUGAAAACAGGAGUAGUAUCACAAGCUAGUGGAUCAGCAUAUAUAGAGAUUGAAAAUACAAAGGUGAUAUGUUCGGUACAUGGACCUAGAGCAUCACCAAAGACAGAGUUGUUUGAAUCGGCAAAGUUUAGUUGCGAGUUAAAGUUUGCUAGUUUUGCAAGACCAGGUGAACGUAUCGAUUAUAUGGAGAGUGCCAAGGAAAAGGAUCUAUCAAUCAAUCUCAGACAAUCGAUUAUCGGUGCUAUCCGAUUGGAAAAAUACCCAAAGACUGUCAUCGAUGUCUAUGUUAUGGUUUUAAAUGAUGAUGGUGGUGUGUUGGUUGCUGCUAUCACUGCUGCUUCUAUGGCAUUGGCUGAUGCCGGUGUUGAAAUGUAUGAUAUGGUAUCUGCUUGUUCAUCUAUUUGUAUUAGAAAUCAAUCAAUUAGUAAUGGUAGUAAUGGUAGUGGCAGUGGAAAUGGUAGCAGCGGUGCUGCACCAAAAGUUCAAUCAAGUAUUUUAUUAGAUCCAACACUUCAAGAAGAAGAGAGUAAAGAUUCAUUGGGUUGUGUAGUCGUUGCAAAGAUGCCAUCUUUAAAUGAAAUCACUCAAAUCAUUCAAACUGGUGAAUUAUCUUAUAAUAAUACUAUUGAUGGAAUUGAUUUAUGUAUUGAUGGUUGCGAUAAAAUAUACUCUAUAAUGAAACAAAAUUUGAUUUCAAGUUUAGAAAAACAAGUAUCAAAGAAACUUGAAUAA